GUACGAUGUUUCGGAAGUGUUCAUGCCUGAAGGCGUGGAUCCCUUUUUGAGUACCACACCUUUGUUUACUGAUGACACUUCAUCCGGUAUCGAUUUGCUCUGGGCUCCUCAUCCGUUUAAUAAGCGUUCUGGUCGCACUAGGCGUGCUCAAGAUAUCCCCCUAGUUGGAGAGUGGUUUAAGGAGCACUGCCCCCCCGAGUAUCCGGUGAAGGUUCGU